AUGGUUUUAAUUAAAGAAUUUAGAAUUCCAUUACCACUUACAGUUGAAGAAUAUAAAGUAGCACAACUUUUUAUGGUUGCAACAAUAAGUAAAAAGAAUACAUCUUUGGGUGAAGGUAUUGAAGUCAUAGAGAAUAAACCAUACGCAGACGGUGCAACAACUGGUUUCUUUACACGUAAAAUUUUUCAUUUAGGUGGUAGAUUACCAACCUGGUUAAGAUCAUUCGCUCCAACUUCAUUACAAAUUGAAGAGAAAGCUUGGAAUGCAUAUCCAUAUUGUAAAACAAGUUAUGCUUGUCCUUUAUUGGGUGAUAGAUUUUCAGUAUCAAUCGAAACUAGAUAUGAACCAGAUUCAGGUACACAAGACAAUUGUUUAAAUUUAAAUAGUGAAGAAUUAAGUAUUAGAGAGGUAGAACAUAUUGAUAUUGUAAAUGAUCCAAUCGACGAAGCACAUUAUAAACCAGAAGAAGAUCCAAAAAUAUUUCAAUCUGUAAAAACUGGUAGAGGAAAAUUACAAAAUGAUUGGAUGAAAUCGACAAAACCAAUUAUGUGUUGUUAUAAAGUUUGUAAAGUAGAAUUUAGAUGUUGGGGUGUUCAAAAUAAAGUAGAGAAUUUUAUUCAAAGAGUUGCACUUAGAGAUACUUUUUUUAUGGGUCAUAGACAGAUAUUCUGUUGGAUUGAUCAAUGGUUUGAUAUGGAUAUGGAAAGUUUAAGAGAAUUUGAAAAGAAAACAAAUGAAGAGAUGAAGGCUCAAUUUCAUAAUAAUAAUAAUAAUAAUAGUAAUAAUAGUAAUAAUAAUAAUAAUAAUAAUACGCAACCUCAAAGAUCUUCCUUUUUUAGUAGAAGUACAGAUGGUAACAAAUAA